AUGUUUAAAGUUUCAGCUGCAGGAGAGAGCAAAGAUUUCCGCAACAUCUUGCAAACUUUGGAGCGGAUCUUCGCAGCGCCUUCUCUUGGCGGAGCCUUCGCGCAGAAAGCAGCCACAGAGCUGGUUGAGUGGAUGACCCCGCAUGCUUUGUACUACAAGCGGUUUCUGGUUAAGGACGCAGUUGCCAGUGCUGGUUCGCCUACAUCGAUCCCAAUGUCCGACAUGCUUCGCAGCUCCCCUUGGUUGCCUUCGUGGCAUGGAGAUCGUCUUCUAACCUUGGGAAAUGGUUGGGUCCCUGUUCCGGGACAAAGCGAAGUCACCGCGCGACAGUCCAAGUUUCUCGCCAGCAGUGCCUUUCACAGCGUCGUCCACCAAUUCGCUGAGAAAUGGCCAUUCCUACACCUGGCACAAUGGCCCACUGCGAGAAUCAUCGUGCGUACGCUGAAGUACCAAUCGAGCUUGCCACAACCCGUCUGGAGCUCUGGGGAGAUGUCUUACGUAUACAAGUCCCUUGGAUGGACGCUCAACCACGAGCGCAUCUCGCGCACAAACUGGGGUGCCGAGCCGACCCCGGAAGCAUGUGAAGUUCGUGAGUAUCUCCUUCACGAGCCAUGGAUCUUCCUGCCCACACGUAGACGAGGCAACUACAAAGUCCAUGAUGAAGAGGCGGGCAAGUUCUACCCGUCGAGCUCUGUAGCAAUGUAUGAUGCAUCGCAGCUUUUCUCCGACCGAAGAGCCUUCAGAAGCAGCGGCUACGAGUAUGUCUCGGACGAGAUGGCCUGGACCGUCUCGCAGAAGGUGUUCAUGAGAACAGCGAAGGAGCACUACUCGGACAAGGUCGUCCAAGCUUUGUUGAAGGAAUGGGGCGUGGCACCUCACAUGGGAUGGGAUGCGUACCUCGAUGUGCUGCGGAUGGUCGAUGAGCUUGCGAAUUCUGAAAGCCAUGAUCAUGUAUGGGAGCACGACCAUGCGUUGCACGAGAUCGUUUGGCGGAUUGUCAGAUUGCUGGGCAAGAUUCCGGUUGAAGAGGAUGCUGAAGAUGGCAAAGAUCGAGGAGACAAGCUUGAUGAAAACGAGGCAGCUCAAGCAGAUGAGGACGCAGAGUUUGGCCGGCCUGGGGAUUUCCGGCAGCUUGUGGAGGAAGCCAAGAAUCUCCGCAUCGUUUGGACGUCUUCGCGGCGCUUUCGGAAGCCCUCUGAGGUCCUCUUUGUCGCGGAUGCGAAAUCUUGGCUAGACGAGGCCAAGCAUUUUGCGACCUAUGUCCCAAAGAACCUCAAAGACGUCAUGAACGGCUGGAUCUUCCUGGGCCUUCGAAGAUGGGAACCCUGGAGCACCUGCCAAAGCAUCCUACCCCAGCUGAAACCACCAGACAUUCACGAGGCCAGAUUUGCGCGAGCCAUUUACCUGGGUGGCGUCAGAAGCGCGCUGAUGAAAUUUGAAGCGCAGAACAAGAACCUCACAGAGGAGGCCAGGGAUUUGAUCCGGAAGGCAUGGUACCUGGCAAUCUCGGUGAAGUUCUUCGUUUGCAGUGGCCAUUCGAAGGAGGAGGCGCUUCAGGCCCAGCAGGUGAUUGCUGUACCUCGGUGUCGCGCGCAAUCAAUUGGCAAUGCGGUUGCCACAGCCACAGACAACAUCGCCAGCGCGACAUUGGUGACCAUGCGAGAAGAUAUUGCCGUGGCGCGCGUUGAGAAGCCGAUCUUGAAGACACACAUGGCAGGCUUCAUACUGUCGGAGCAACGACGACAGCUUGCAAUCGCCCUGCAUGUGCCACCAAAAGCCUACGCGGCCGAUGUCUUGCAAAAGCAUCCUGAAUUCGCUGAGAUGCUCUUCGCCGAGUUACCUCAUGUUUGUGAUGAUGUCAGCUGCAUACCGGAAGACGCUUAUGCUGGUCUGCAAAAGGAGGCAGUCAAGACUUUGCAGAAUGUUUCCUGGGAUAUGUGGAGUCAGGGGACCCGGGGAAAGAAUUUACCACAGACGGGGGACAUCAUCAAGGCGGUGGAGGUAUCCCCCCCGAUGGCAAGACUCAGAAAGGCGUGGCAGCGCCUGCUGGAAGGAGAAGACUUGUUCCAGAAUGAAGAGGAAGAGGAGGAGGAGACCGUUUCAUAG